UAAAAUCAAUAAGUAAACAAAACAAACCAUAGCAGUACUAAAGCAUCAGAUUCUUAAAAAAAAACACAACUCAUUCGAUCCUAACAAUGGGUCAAGGACCUUCGGGUAUGAACCGGCCACCCGGCGAUCGGAAAAACGACUCCGACAACAAGAAGGACAAAAAAUACGAACCAGCAGCGCCACCGUCGCGAGUCGGCCGCAAACAGCGGAAACAAAAAGGCCCAGAAGCCGCCGCACGGCUGCCCACAGUAACGCCGCUGACAAAAUGCAAACUGAGACUCCUAAAACUGGAGCGCAUCAAAGAUUAUCUGUUAAUGGAGGAGGAAUUUGUGGGCAGUCAAGAACGGCUGAAGCCGCAAGAGGAGAAGAACGAAGAAGACCGAUCUAAGGUGGAUGAUCUGCGUGGCUCGCCGAUGAGUGUGGGGAACUUGGAAGAGUUGAUCGAUGAGAAUCACGCCAUUGUUUCGUCGAGUGUCGGACCGGAGUAUUAUGUGGGUAUUUUGUCUUUUGUUGAUAAGGAUCAGCUUGAACCGGGGUGUGCUAUUCUUAUGCAUAACAAGGUGCUUUCUGUUGUUGGGCUUCUUCAAGAUGAGGUUGAUCCUAUGGUGUCUGUGAUGAAGGUUGAGAAGGCACCGUUGGAAUCUUAUGCUGAUAUUGGUGGUCUGGAUGCCCAAAUACAAGAAAUUAAAGAAGCGGUGGAGCUUCCUCUUACUCAUCCUGAGUUAUAUGAGGAUAUUGGUAUUAAACCCCCUAAAGGAGUGAUACUUUAUGGAGAGCCUGGAACAGGGAAAACGUUGCUUGCUAAGGCAGUGGCAAAUUCCACAUCAGCAACUUUCUUGCGUGUAGUAGGAAGUGAAUUGAUUCAGAAAUACUUGGGAGAUGGCCCAAAAUUAGUGAGGGAACUCUUCAGAGUUGCUGAUGAUCUUUCACCAUCAAUUGUCUUUAUUGAUGAAAUUGAUGCAGUUGGCACAAAGAGAUAUGAUGCACAUUCAGGUGGUGAACGUGAGAUCCAAAGAACUAUGUUGGAGUUGCUGAACCAAUUGGAUGGUUUUGAUUCAAGAGGAGAUGUGAAAGUAAUUCUUGCAACAAACAGAAUUGAAAGUCUCGAUCCUGCCUUGUUGCGUCCUGGACGAAUAGAUAGAAAAAUUGAAUUUCCACUUCCUGAUAUCAAAACUAGGAGGCGUAUUUUCCAGAUACAUACAUCAAGGAUGACGCUGGCAGAUGAUGUUAACUUAGAAGAAUUUGUAAUGACAAAGGACGAAUUUUCUGGAGCUGAUAUCAAAGCUAUAUGUACAGAGGCUGGCCUACUUGCUUUAAGAGAGCGGCGGAUGAAGGUAACCCAUGCAGAUUUCAAGAAAGCAAAGGAGAAAGUGAUGUUCAAAAAGAAAGAAGGCGUACCAGAAGGGCUCUAUAUGUGAAGCAAAGGCAAUCACGAAAGUCUUAUGCUUACUUUUUCUUUCAGCAUUCACAUCAAUUUGCUUAGUUUUGGGUAUAGCCAUGCUUCAACUUGUUAUAAUGCAGCUAUCAUUCUUUCGGCACCCCUGUGUUUUUAACAGUGUAAUUUGAAAUCUUCCUGUUUCAUCAAAUUUUUAAUUUUUUUUACAUAA